AUGUGCUCGCGUGUUGACUUAGUCUUAUUUCAUUUAAUUCAGUCACAAAUAAAUCAUGCAAUCCUAAGUAUUUUGGGGUCAAAAGCAUUUUUGCUUGGGAACAGUCCAUCCAACUACAAUGAGUCUCUGAUGAUGCUUUCUCAUAGUUUGGAGCAAAUUUGUGGUAAGGGAUUGAAUGACAGUUCAGGAAGUUUAAACAGAAACUCCCCACCUCCACUGUCAUUUCCAAAUUCUGUUUUCAGCAACAAUAUUCGCCCAAAGUCCAUAAAUUUAGGAUCACGUUCAAGUAGCAGCAGCACUAAUGCUACACCGUUGCCUGCUCGUAAUCACUUGACUGCAAACAAACAAAAAUGCAUGGAUGAAUCUGAUCAUCAUAUAAUUCGAGUUCGUCAUGAAGAAACUCGUGUAAAAUUAGAACAGAAUUUAUCUAAAAUUUGCCACUCUUCAAAUUCAACAGCUGUUAAUAGUAUUAAGAAAAAAUUAUCUGAUGCUCAAGAAUCAGUAAAAUCAAAAUUCAGACUUAAAAUUGAUUCAUCAAAAUACAAAGACGAACCACCUUCAAAUUUUUAUGUCUCAAUUGACAAUUCCAGAAUGAUAAAAGUGUGUCAUCAGCCAUCAGAAGAACUACUCAGUCAACUAGCGACCCACGAAUCAAUCAACGAACCCAUCACAACUGUUCUACACAGUUCCACAGUUCCAGAUUUUGUUGAAUUACAACACAUUGUGUGCUCACCCAUUCCAAACUCCUACCUGUAUUUAAGACCCAGCAAGUGUGUCAGCAUUGAAUUUAAAAAUACUCAUCAUCAUUUUGUGCCAAUCAUUUUUUCUGAUGAAAUAAAUUUGAAGUUUUCAAUAUCAGUGAAGAUUCCCAGCGAAGUACCCCAGGAAAAUGUUGACGUGAAGAGAAUCGACGAGAAGUUAGUUAUCACAGGAAAAGGUACUUGUAGGAACACUUCCACUGAGUGCACCUUUAAAAUGGAUAUAGAACUGCCUGAAGACAGCGAUGGUCGGACAGUUACUGCCAAGAUAAAUCCAUUCAGGAUUUUGAUGAUUAGUGGAUUGAUGCUGCCUGCAUCGCGAAGAAUGACAUGUAGAUUUUGA